UAUGAGUUCAUGGGCCCACAUGGCACUCUGCUCGCUAUAUUGGGACUUCCACUUACUACUGUUGGAUUAUUUUUGGUUUGCAACAAGGAUGGAUGUCCUCCGUCGUGGUUACUAGAUGCAUUCGUUACCUCACCAGCAUCCAUAUCGACACUACACUUUCAAGAUAUCGUAUGGAUCGACAAAGAUGCAAUCCUGUGUGUUUUGGGAUGGAUGUUAAUGCAUAUCGUCUUCAGCAUUAUUCUCCCGGGUCGUCUCGUCAAGGGAACCUUGCUUCGUACAGGCGACAUACUUGAUUACCGUAUCAAUGGGUUUGCAGCCUUGAUUGCAUGCACGUUGCUCACUAUGGCUUCUUAUGUAUACGCUCGAUCGACACAUCUUGUAUGGAUUGCAGACCAUGCAUUGCAACUAGGGGUGGCAUCAAUGCUAUUUUCAACGAUCAUGUCUCUACUUUUGUAUUUAAGUUCAUUUAGAUCACAGAAUACUCUGCUGGCUGAAGGUGGAAAUUCAGGAUAUCCAAUUUAUGAUUUUUGGAUGGGCAGAGAGCUUAAUCCGAGAAUUCUAGGUGGAUGGAUAGAUCUAAAAUAUAUGUGUGAGCUGCGUCCAGGCCUUAUAGGAUGGGCCUUGCUCAAUCUUGCCUUUUGUGUCAAGCAAUACACUCAAAUAGGCCGUACAACCAAUUCUAUGGUUGCCGUGGUUGUUUUUCAAGCGUAUUAUGUUAUUGAUGCACUUUGGAACGAACAAGCGAUUCUUACUACGAUGGAUAUUACCACUGAUGGAUUUGGAUUCAUGCUGGCAUUCGGAGAUCUUGUAUGGGUGCCUUUUGUAUACACAUUACAAGCGAGGUAUUUGUGUUUUUUCCCAGUAGAUUUGUCAUAUCAGGCUUUAGCGGCGAUAGUGGCAUUGAAUCUAGUUGGGUUAUGGGUAUUUCGAGGUGCAAACGGACAAAAGAAUGCAUUUAGAAGCGAUCCAAACGGGAAAAGCGUAAAGCAUCUCAAGUAUAUGCAUACAAAAUCUGGAAGCAAACUAUUACUGUCUGGCUGGUGGGGAUGUGCACGCAAAAUCAACUACACAGGAGAUUGGCUAAUGGCGCUUGCAUGGUGUCUUCCCUGUGGGUUUGACACACCGAUCCCAUACUUUUAUGCAAUCUAUUUUGCUAUAUUGCUGAUCCAUCGUGCACAUCGCGACGAGUCUAAAUGCCGAGCCAAGUAUGGAUCUGAUUGGGAUGAAUACCGCAAAAAAGUGCGAUACUUGUUUAUUCCAUACGUUUGGUAA